AUGUUUGGCAGUAGUACACCUGCUAGCCGCCCUGGACUUCUGGGAAACUCUCAGAGCGAUGGUUCGCAAGACCAGAGAUCCGCAAAACGUACCCAGGGAUUUGGAAGUCCAUUUGGUUCUGUGAAUAACGCUUCGACGGGGUUUUCUUCGCAGCCGUCUGUGUUCGGUGCUAAGAACGAUGCUACGAAGUCAUCUUUAUUCGGAACCAGUGGUGGUUCUGCCGGAGCGCUCUUCGGCUCACCAAUGCCAGCCGGAAAUUCGGCACAGAAUACUGCUGCUAACUCAACUUCCCGAGGAUUUGGUGCUAAGUCAACCAGUUUCUUUGGCUCUCAACAACAGCAACAAUCACAGCAAAAUUCCAACUCCAACGGUCUAUUUGGAAACUCAUACAACACUUUCAACAACAACCAAUCACCGGCUUUCAACAGAAGCUUUGUUUCUACCAUAGAUGGGAAUGGAAACCCAUACGGAAUUGACAUUUCUGCAACAGCUACGUCUGUGACUGAAAUGCCAAAGCCCUUGACUCCAUCUUCUCGGUUAUCAGACAGGAAGACAGCUACUUCUUCCUCGUUGCCAAUCCCUGCAAGACGUAAGAGAUCAACAUCUGCCACACAAUCGUCGUCAUCCCAACCGGAUCAUGAGAGAUCGUUUCUGAGUGGGUUAGUUUCGACAUCUACUUUGGGAUUCAGAAAUGCACCUGCGGAAGAUGUCUCCGGAAUUUUUUCUCCUGAGGUGAAACCAGACCAUCCAGUUAUAGAAAAAGCGAAAACAGACCUGAAGUCAUCUAUGCGCUCUUUCAAGCCAAAAAGCACAUCAUUGGCUCCCAACGUUGGGUCUUCGCGACUGGAGCUGCGCAAGUUGAUUGUCAGGCACUCCAAUGCUCCAAAAAGCUUUAGCGAGAUAGAUCCCAAUGAGGUUUUGUUCAAGAGAAGGAAGACUACAGACACAAAAACGCCAUUUAAAGCAUUCAAUCCUUCUCGGGUACCAACCAAGUCGUUCACAAACAUCCCACCUGUUGCCAAGGAAACAUCAUCGGAGUCGUUUUCCAGUGGAAUUUCCACUGUUUCGACUGCCUCUCAGACAUCCUUAGACGAGGAUACUAAUCCGCUGGUUUCAAGAGAGUCUGAUCACGGUGUUUAUUGGAGUUCACCCUCGAUAUCCGAACUGUCGACCUACGAUCUCGAUGAGCUUGCAAACGUUGAGAACUUCAUAGUGGGUCGUAAAGGCUACGGCCAAGUUGCGUUCCAGUAUCCCGUGGAUUUGACCUCCUUCGCGGGAAAUCUACAAGAUGUUCUUGGCAAAACUAUCAAGUUUGAUAAAGGGUGUCUGAUAGUGUAUGACGAUUCGGACGCGAAGCCAGCUCAGGGAAACGGCCUCAAUGUUCCCGCGACAGUCACAGUUCAAGGUUCGUUUCCAAAAGAUCCGACAACGGGUAAGUACACAAACACUCCAUCCUCUGAGCUGCUGCGUGGCUACAUAAAUAAGCUCAAGAGUCUUCUGGGAAUGGAAUUCGUGAAUUACGACCCAUUACUGGGAGCUUUCACUUUCAAGGUGGACCAUUUCAGCAUUUGGGGUGCUAUUGAUGAUGAGGACACGGAGAUGGACCCAAGUAUUGUGCAAAAAUUCAAAGAACAACAACUCCGCGAGCUUGCAACUCUGGAGAGAAAAGAGAAAGCUACAGAAUUUGAUCCCCCAAACAAUACUCAAACCUGGGGCUCUUUCAGAGCGCCAGAUGAGGUCGAGGAGGAUGAAGUGAUUGAGGAUGCAGACCAGAAUGAUAUCACUUCUAGUAGUGAAGAUGAUGAUAUGGAUACCCCUUCUCGCUCCCCAGAAGAUGAUCGGUUUGCUGAUGACGAAAGCGUGAUUGAAGUGAAGGCCUAUGAACCCGACUUCGAAGACAUUGUUCUGGAAACUCUGGAUACCGCGCCUCGGUUCCCCAUCUCUAUGAACUGGGACGACCAGCUAAAGCUUGCGGGAGGAAUUGACUCUGCGCUCAACAUAGCAUCUCAGCGUGAUGCCUUGAGUCACAUGGAUUUGGCUUCUCUCAAUGACCAUAUUUUUGGAGAUUUUGCCACAAAAUCCAGUCUGAAAGAAAAGAUCUACAAAGAUUUGAGACUAGAGUCGGCGAUCGAGUUUGUUCAGUUUUCGAACAAUGGUACUGUGCUCGUUGCAGAUCGCUCUGGGAAUGAGCCCUUUGUCUCUAUCAAGUCUCUAGACGGGGCUUUUUCGGAGAAAAGUAUCAUUGCCUGCAAGGACGUCUUUGGCUUCAUCAAAAAGUCUUUGCUGUUCACUCCUAGAAAGAACUCCUUCUUCAAGGCCAAGACGGCACCAUUGUCAUUCUCACAACUGAGAGAUGUUUCGGAGGCUUCUUCGUUCGAGGGACGAUUGUGGGGUCUUCUGUCUUCUUUGUUUGAUGGAUUCUCUGUCUCGGAAAAUGGUCUGAGUUCCCACCUUCUGGACAUCAAAAGGAGGAAUUUACUAGUUUCCUGGCUGAAACAGCAUAACACGGCUGAAGUUGAGAGGCUACUGGCAAACAGCCGCUCGGAUCCACUUGAUUGUGUGUUUUUGUUGGUUGUGAGUGGAGAUUUUGUAAGGGCUGCUAGUUAUGCCAUGAAGUCCAACAAUCCUCACCUUGCUGUUCUGGUGUCUCUGUUGAGCUCGCAUGAUGGUUCUGUCAGUAUCAAAGCUGCGAGGCAGCUCAACGAAUGGAGGAAAACUUCUACGUUAAAAUACAUCCCCGAGAAGAUUGUGAAGAUAUUUCAACUGCUUAAAGGGAUAAAUGCUUCUAGUGAUGAAUUCACUCAACUAACUGAAAGUUUCAGCUGGACAUUGUCUUUGAACACAUAUCUGUUAUAUGGUGAUGCAGGAUUGGACUUCCAGGACUCACUCAAGGCAUUCGCAAAAUCUCUGUUCUCAUCAAAGUUACCCACAUCUGACCCGUUCUUCCAUGCUUUGAGGUUGUACAUGUCUUCAUUGAAAGGGAGUGUCGAUUCGUCCACUUUUUCUGGAUUUUUAUGUGGAAUAAAUGCGAAUGCAUCAGGCUUGGAUGCGAGAAUAUCCUGGAUCAUUUUUGAGCUGAUUGUGAAGACUGGAAAGAUUAACGUCGAGUCUUGGGAAGAGCAAUACGAUUCUAUCACGCUAGACUUCUCCCAACAAUUAGAGGCUUGUGGCAUGGUGAACGAAUCUGUGUUGCUCCUCAACUUUCUGGAAAAUGAUCUUCUCUGUAAGGCUCACGUCACCAGCGCUGUUCACAGACAAAUCGAUGCUUUGGGGUAUUUUGAAAGUGAAGACAUCUUUGAGGAACUUGUACGCAAAUCACAUUUUCCAAGAGUUGUGCUUCACGAAGGUAAAGCUCUUAAGCAGAUCUAUACGGGCGAUUACUGGUCUGCCGCAGAUUCGCUUUUGGAUGCAAACUUAUUGAAUGUUGCACACAGACUUAUCUUGGCCAAGGUAGCAGCCUCUGCUGUUAUCGCUGAUGGUGCUGCCUUGGGAAGAUUAGAUAGACUUCUCACUCGCAUGCAGACAUCUGCAGCUGAUAUCGAUGGCUGGAGGCGAGGAGGAGAGAUCUAUAAGGACUAUGUUACUCUGUUGUCUACAGAAGAAGAGAAGUCGAAGGAUCUUUUGCUGAAGCUGAUCGGUUCGUUGCCUCUGCUGGAAAAGCUCAACUUCGAGGUCAAGGCCGCUAUCACCAUAAUGGACAGAAAGAUAGUUGCUUUAAGUUUUGACACUUCUUUUGUUGAUGCUGACAAGGUGACUUCUAUGGUUUUACCUGAGAGUGAAGAUAACUACGUCAAGAAGAGAUCGCCCAUGAAGAAGUUGAAAAGUUCGUUAAUGGCGUGA